UGCCGCUGCUGGACGGCGACGAGGACUUCAUGAUUGACAUGCAAGAGAUCGAGACGGACAUGGAAAUGGCCGAGAGGUCCGUCAGCACGGUGCCAGCCGCCGAGGGCGGCGACGAGGACGGCGACGAGGACGGCGACGAGCAGGUCGACAUCCCCGCGAACCACAAGAAGGCCAGCCGCGGCUUCGACUCCUCGGACCAGAACAGCCUGACGGGCAAGCAGUCUCGCUUUGCCACCGCGGCGCCUCAGGACAAGAAGGAAGAGACGAUGAUGGCCAAGCUGCCCAUCAAGGACUACAGCCUGACGGGCCGCGACAAACCCAUCGACGUCGUCUUCGUGUUCCCGCAUGCCAACGAGACCCGCAAGCGCGAGCUCGAGGUGGUUUUGGUCUUCCCUCAGGGCCAGAACGCCACUGUCACGACGGGGCAGCCCGCGGGCAGCGCGCCAACCUCCACGGCGCCAAGUACCACGGCUCCAACCUCCACGGCGCCAACCUCCACGGCUCCAACCUCCACGGCGCCAACCUCCACGGCUCCAACCACCACGAUGCCAACCACCACGGCUCCAACCACGACCAUCGCCUCGACUUUGACCAACGACAUGACGCCGACCGCGAGCGAGACACCAUCGUCCACGACUGAGUCGCCCACGACGUCAGCAGCGACGUUGACCCGGACUGUAGGCGGUGAGGACGACGACAAGCAGGUCCUGGCGUCGGAGCGGAAGGAGACCACUGCCGACGCCCCCGUCGCCCUCCCAACCCGCGCCACCGCGGCGAUAAACCGACCGAAAAGCCGGCAGGACAUCUACAAGAAGUACGCCAACAAGUACGCCAGCAGCAGGCCGCCGCCAGUGUCCUUCUUCCACAAGGACGGCAGCAAAUCGACGAGCGCCGUCGAGGAGGAGGAGCUGGCCGCGGGUGCGAGCGAGGUGCAGCCCUCCGUGCUGCCGCCGCCCAUGGCGCCCUGGCCCGUGGUGGCGCCGAGGGUCUCCGGCGGCGUGCGCCUGGAGGCCCAGGAGGCCCAGGAGGCCCAGGAGGCCCAGGAGGCCCAGGAGGCCCAGGAGGCCCAGGAGGCCCAGGAGGCCCAGGAGGCACUUACUGGCGACGAACUGGCGACCAUCCGCAACAUAACGACGCUGCAGCAGGAGCACCCUCUCGGCGCCGCCGAGGGCCGCGUGCGGCUGGAGCGGCUGAGCUCGCUGCAGAGCAUGCUGGUGACCAACUUGGUGUCGAUCCAGAGGGAGCUGGCCGAGCGGCAUGCCGCCAUGCGCCGCCACAUGGAGAGCAGCCUGCACCUGCCCGCCGAACACCGCGGCACGGCUCGCGCGCUGCAGCAACGCUCGACCAACGUGACGGAGGCCUCCGCGACCACCACGCCGACGAAGAGGUACCGCCGGCCGCCGGCCUACCGGAAACCCCCAACCCCCACCGAGGACAAGGAGAACGCCGUGGACAAGAUUUCGUACAGGACGCUGUACAAGAAGAGGAACAACCCGGCUGUCAAACUGCCCUCCGCCCUCGCCACCAUGAUCGGCACGACUAGCAGCACCACCACGACGGCAGCCGCCACCACCACCACCACGCCCAGCCCCACCGAGAUGACGGUCACCUUGACCACGGCGGAGCAGAUGACACACGCCGAUGACGUUGCCGCCGUGACAGAAACCAGCACGAACCCCGCCGUCAACAUGCACGACGAGGAACCGGCCGAGUCCACCGACUCGACGGUCAUCGCCAUGUCACCGACCGCCACGUCGACGCCGCUGGUCACCAGCAGCAGCUCGCCGACACCGGAGCCAGUCCGCAGCGCCGCGGCAGAAUCUGGGGCCGUCGCCAGCGUCCCGAACCAGGAAGGACAAACAGCCGGCGUGUCCGAGAAAGCGGACGGCGCCGCGGACUCCAAGACCGUCGCGCUGCUCUCCCCGAUGGUGUCCGCCGCGUCCGAUACCGUCGAGCUGAGGCAGUUCGGGCAGUUCGGCGGCUUCCAUCCGAGCUUCCUGGCCUCCCCGAAGGACCCCGUGCACAGGCCGAGCCGCCUCACCCUGCUGGGCGGCGUGCUGCCGGAGGACGACCCUGCCCUGGCCAGCGGCCUGUUCGGCCUGGAGCGGCGGGAGCGGGGCACCUUCCACGCGCCGCAGCACCUGGAGGCCGGCUUCCUGCCCGUCGUGCCCGCGUCCGUGGCCGUGGCCGCGCCCGCCGCCGCGCCGCAGAUCGUGGGGCCCAUUCCCGGGGGCUACAAGGACGUGCUGCGGGGCUCGCCCGUGCAGCUGGACCUGCCGCGCGCAGAGAGGCCCGUCGACUUCCUCGGACGCGUCAAGAGGCAGGCCCAGGCCCAGGCCUUUGCGGAGCCACAGGGCAAAGGGCUAGCCUGA